GCAGAUUCGCACAGUUUUAUGGUUAAAUUUUGUGCAAUACUCGCUGACCCAGGAUUUUAUUAAUAAACUUUCUAAUUCCCCUUCUUUUCUCUCCAUUUCCCCACCCUCAAACAGUAAUUCAUCAUCGUCGUUCCGGAAUGCAAUCCGCCAUGAUUGAUGGCCACAGAAGCGACGCCGGUGGAGACUCCGGCCUGGUCAAAGUUGGAUCGUCAAAUCCGGUCCUGACGGCGGCUGGCCGGGCAGCAGCAGCAGCAGGAGGAGGUGCAACAGAUUUAGCAGAAGGAGUUGGUGGGGGUGGCGGAGGAGAUGGUGAAGGAGGAGGAGGAGGUGGGAAAAGUCAAUCGGAAAAGCUGGCCGUACAUCUGAUUGUCAGCUUUCGUGACAUUUGUGUGUUUACGUUGGUCCUUCCGCUGGGCACUCUGUUUGUGUGCUUCGUCACGGCGUACGUCUUCCAGCCAGAGGAAAUCCACGAGACACACUGUCGGGUGUACAACAUAAUCCCGUCGAUAAGUGCCAUCACCGGCGUUAGUCCCCAGCGUUACCUGUGGCGGAUCUCGAUAGCCCUGCACAUCGGGCCGAGGUUCGUGAUUGCCUUCGUCUACAAAAAUUACUACCGCGCGCUGAUCAACGAACUGCUCGAUCCGUUGAGCAUAAAAAAGGCUAGCCGUUUGCUCAAAAUCGUGUACUGCUUGAACAUGGUGGAGAUCUGCGCCCUACUGGGAGUAACAUACAUUUCCAACAAGGAAAAUUACCCCCUCCACGAGAAGGUCUUCAUCAUAUUUAUGAUCUCAUCGCUGUCGUACAUGCUGGCGACGCUGAAGCUGCUGAAGGUGCUGCAGCCCAACGGGCCCCAAACGGCGCACGAGGAGUCCGCGCUGCGCUACAAGCGGGCCUUCUUCGCCCUGUCGAUCGCGUCCACCGUCGGGCUGAUUCUGUUUUUCAUGAAGCACCGCUUCCUGUGCCAUGAUUUGGCCUUCAGUUGGUUCGCGCUGUGCGAGUACAUCGUGGCGUCCGCCAACAUGGGCUUUCACUGCACUACGAUGCUGGACUUCCCGACGGAGGACUUCCUGAUUGCCAAAAACACGGAACGGUACCGGAAGAAGCAGGCCGCCCUCAGCUGGAAGCUGGAUUGAGCGCCGUCGACGCGUGUCAGCACUUAAUGGUAGUGAAAUUUAGUGUUUUAGUUAAGUAGAUGAAUAAAGUGAAGAAAGGAGGUGAGGCCGGAAAAUAUUGAAACUUUUGGAUUCCAGCAAAGGGAAGGCAGCAAGCGAAGCAAGAGGAACGAAUUCUUAUCUAGUGCUAAUUAAAAAGAAGUAAAAAACAAUACAAAGAAAACCGUAGAAGAGCAAAGAAGUAUUUUUAAGAUUCUAAGUAUGAACACUAUUUACUUACCAGUAAGCAGUACGUAGCAGUAACUAACAACAAAACUCUAGUCAAUGUAGCCGAAAUGUGACAGUUAGGUUGCGUCAGUGCUAGGUGGUUGCGUGCUGCGAACGCAACCAGUUGUUGAGUUUCGUGGUCGAUGGGAAAACAAUAACAGUCAGCUGACAGCUUAGAACGUCCUUGAUUGGUGUGCCGUAGUAAGAUGCUUCCCUUCGAAACAUUCCUACUCUCUGUAUCUGUGUACCUUUCCGUUUCGCUUUACACUAGAUUACUAGAAACGAUCUGUACCGUAAAUCCUGUGAGACUACAUCUAGAUGCCUUCCUGUUUUCCUAGUUUAGACAAAAAAGACUAUAGUAUACUGUUAGUAUUAGGUUUCCUGUGCCGUGAGUGUGAAGUCACAGACAAACAGAGCAUUUCUUAUUUACCGUCUACUAUCGCCAUCUAGUUGUAAACGCGUGAAGUACGCAAACUAUCAAACGCUACACGAUUAGCCGAAACUGACUUGUUUAACGUUUUCAGAUACUAAAGAAAUGCGGAGAAAACAAAACAGAAUUCAUCUCUGUUUGUCUGUGACAAAUCCUAAGCUUCUUCGCACUGUGUUGUUCUUUUCCCAUCUGAUAGACGAAUUCACGGAGGUAGCAUUUUCCAACGAAAAAAAUAACGCCAGAUUGACGGACAAAAUCCUCUAUAGAGCAAUUUAAUUUAACCCUCCCUUCGAGAAAAGAAAAGUAAAACAAUUGGAAAUCAGAGCAAAUUUUAAUGAUAUAAUCAAGUAUUACCCAACAAAACAAAUUGUAUAGUCAAAAUGAGUAUAGAGCAACUUUCGAGUUAGAACCAGAGGCAGCAGCUAAUCCCAAUUCCUUAUCGAAUAGCAGAACGACAAUUCUGAUUGUGACAUUAGAGAAAAAGAAACACUCACAAACAUAACAAAUUUGUACAUUAAUCAAUGUACGUAUAAUUUUUCACUCUUUCCAGCGAACAAUUGAACCAAAUUGCAAAUUGGAUUAGGUGUCGGCGGAAGCAUUAGUUGAUAAGAUUGGGCCAAUUAUGAAUUAAUUUUAAGAAAUCACCAGCAAAAAGUACGCAUUUUCACCACAACUGUCAAAGUGGCGCAACGAUCGCUUUUCCGUGGGGCGAGACACUAGUGGCGUCCCACACGCUAAUUUGAAAACCUUUCCAAAAGCUUCGAUCCAACGAUUUAGCACUGGCUUGCCCCUCGAGUGCCAACGCGUGUUCUGUCAAAGUGACACUUGGUUUAACGAGGGGCAGUUGGAUUGUGGCCGAUUUGCAUGUAUGAUUCCUUUAUUGUGAUUAUUUGUGGUUUCUUUUACCCACCCUUUUGCUGUUAGUUUGUUUAGUUCGAGCUGUCAGUGUGAGCUAAUUGUUCGGUGUUUACCCUUUGGCUUAUUUGUUAUUUGUUGAUCAAAGAGUCGGUAAAAAGAAAAAUAAAAAAAAAAAACAAAAAAAAAACAAUAUGGCAAUUACAUAUCAUCGGAAAAUACUCUCAAACAACGGAAACACGUUUUAUUAUGGACCAAUGUUGAAUGGUUCCAUUGUUCUAUUUGCCUCUUUGAAAAAAGUUCGUUUUGUUCCAAAACAAUCAUCUGUCUGAGUAACGCACAAAACCCUUCUUCUUCCCAGUCCCUUCCAAAUCUGAAUAACAAAAUACUCAAAAUGUUACUAAAAUACGUACCCGAUCGUUCGUUUCCUGUAAUUUCCGUAAUUCUGUGUACUUUUUAAACUAAAAAAAACGAAUCAAUUCACCCACCGUAUCGAUUAUUUACGCAAGCUCUAAAACAAACAAACAAAAAUCUCUGAAUCUAUUGAACAACUCUGACAAAAGAAACGUAAACAAAGAAAGAUAAACAAACAAAUGACAAGAGCCUAAAAGAACCCGUUCGGUGCAAGACGCUGCGCGAAGCGACAAAGCGAUGGAUUAUUUGCUUAACACAACAACAACACACGAUAACAUCAAACAAAACAAAAAAAUACAAUACCGCGCAAACAUUAGGACAAACAAAACAAUAGAAACGCAAAACCAGUGUUGAAAACGUAAACAAAACGCAUUUGUAAUCGUGUCUUCUUUUUAUUACACACAAACACACGGAAAUCAUAAUCCACAAAAGUAAACAACGUUAAAACACACACACAUACACGCUGACAAAAGCGCGCGCAAUACUAAACAAAAAUGUGUAAAGUAACUGUCGCAAGAAGCAAAAAGUAAACAGAUAAAACUAAAGAAAAGAAAACACAGAGCAGACAACAGCUGUCGCUUCUAGAUAACAAAACAAAAAUAGUAAGGAAAAGAAUACUCAAACCGUGAAUGUAACUGUGACAAACAAAA